GACGCCCGGUUUCAUUUGUUGUUUUGCGUGUUGCUUUGCUACCCGCGCAAGGCGUUCGGACGAAUUAGCUGUCAAUCUCCGACCAAAAAUAUAUUUAGGGUAGGUUGAUUAAGGGAUCAGUACUGUAGCAAUUGCCAGUGAGAUUAAUUCUGGGUCUGUUAGAGGUUAAUGCGAUAGAGUCCUUGGACUUUAUGCCAGUUUCAGGUGCAUUUACAUUAGCUUGGUAAAGCUAACUAACUGUACAGUAACAUCACAAGCAACCUCAGUUUUAUUUGGCAGUUUUUUUUUCUACGCUCACGAAAUUGAAGAUGUCCGACUCCGACAUAAUGUCUUCAGCCGAAGACAGAGCCAAGGAGAUUCUGAAGGGGUUUAAGCUAAACUGGAUGAACUUGCGCGAUGCUGAGACUGGGAAGGUGCUGUGGCAGGGAACGGAGGAUCUGUCUCUUCCUGGGGUCGAACAUGAAGCUCGAGUCCCCAAGAAAAUUCUCAAGUGCAAAGCUGUGUCCAGAGAGCUAAAUUUCUCUUCAUCAGAAAAACUAGAAAAGUUCCGCCUUGAGCAGAAGGUCUUCUUCAAAGGCCAGUGUUUAGAAGAAUGGUUCUUUGAGUUUGGCUUUGUGAUUCCCAACUCCACAAACACAUGGCAGUCUUUGAUAGAGGCGGCUCCAGAGUCGCAGAUGAUGCCUGCAAAUGUUUUAACUGGAAAUGUUGUUAUUGAGACCAAGUUCUUUGAUGACGAUCUUCACGUCAGCACCUCCCGAGUACGACUUUUCUACGUCUGAAGAAGAACGAACAACUUCACUUUUUUUCUUUUUUCUAUUAAUCCUUGAAUGACGGGUACGGGUGACGGCAGCACUAAAAGGGGACAAUGCAGGAAGAAAGUGACAUCCAACCAAGUCAUCAAGAUCACACUGGCUUCUUGGCAGAUGAGACUUUUUGUAUGUAAAUAUAUAUAUAUAUAUAUAUGGGCAAAGAUGAUGCUCAUGGCAAGAAACCAUGUAAAUUAUUUUAUUUGUACAUUCAUUAUUUACCCCUUGUCAUUCCAGAAGUGUCACCCUGCGAUGUACACAGCUCCAUUGUCACCUUGUGUUUUUGAUGUUUGCUUUCAGUUGAUGUUGUGGUUGCUGAUGUUGUCAUUAUUUGGAUUUUUUUUUAUAGCUGUUACUAAUCUUGUAAAAUAGGCUGUGUUUAUUACUACACAAUUAUGGAUUAAAAUAUGUUCACUACA